AUGGCGGCCCUUGCGAGUCUGCUGGACUGUCUCCUUUGGCCGGCUCGCAAGGAAGAAGAGGCGGAGAAGGAGGAGGAAGCUGGCGCCGACGGGCCUCAGUCUCUCCUGGCUGCGCCGCGAUGCUCCCAGAGGCCACACGGGGGUGUGGCAGCAUCCUGGGGCCUGCGCUUCGGAGCCAGCGCAGCUCAGGGUUGGCGAGCGCAUAUGGAGGACGCGCACUGCGCUUGGCUCUCAUUGCCUGGGCUGCCGCCUGGCUGGGCUUUCUUCGCUGUCCUCGACGGCCACGGAGGGGCGCGAGUUGCCCGCUUUGGCGCGCGCCACCUGCCAGGCCACGUGCUUGAGGAGCUAGGCCCAGCUCCUAGCGAACCCGAGGGCGUGAGCCAGGCGCUGCGCCGAGCCUUCCUGAAUGCCGACGAGCGACUGCGCUCGCUCUGGCCCCAUGGCGAACCCGGCGGCUCCACCGCGGUGGUGUUGCUCGUCUCCCAGCGCUUUCUAUACCUGGCGCACUGUGGUGACUCGCGCGCCGUGCUGAGCCGCGCCGGCGCCUUGGCCUUCAGCACCGAGGACCACCGGCCCCUCCGGCCGCGGGAACGGGAGCGCAUCUAUAACGCGGGCGGCACCAUCCGCCGCCGGCGCGUCGAGGGCUCUCUGGCAGUAUCUCGAGCACUGGGCGAUUUUGCUUACAAAGGGGCUCCAGGGAGGCCCCCAGAACUGCAGCUCAUUUCCGCGGAGCCUGAGGUGGCUGCACUGGCACGCCAGACUGAGGACGAGUUCGUGCUCCUGGCCUCUGACGGCGUGUGGGACGCGAUGUCUGGCGCUGCCCUGGUGGGACUGGUGGCAUCGCGCCUCAGUUUGGGCCUGGCCCCAGAGCUUCUCUGCGCGCAGCUGUUGGACACGUGUCUGUGCAAGGGCAGCCUGGACAACAUGACCUGCAUCGUGGUUUGCUUCCCAGGGGCUCCCAGCGCUAAUGAGGAGGCCAUCAGGAGGGAGCUUGAGCUGGAUACCGCCCUGGGCCGCAGAGUCGCUGAGUUGUAUGCUUCUGCUCAGGAGCCCCCCAGCCUAAACACAGUUUUCAGGACUCUGGCCUCUGAGGACAUCCCGGAUUUACCUCCUGGCGGAGGACUGCACUGCAAGGCCGCCGUCAUUGCUGAAGCUUAUUCUCGGCUCUUCCAGGGCCCAGAAGAGUGUCGAGAGAAGGGGCAGGAUGGGGCUAGGAAGCCCAGAAGUACCCAUUUGAACUCUGCCUUGAACUUAGAGGCCUGAAGCUAUUGUCCUUUGGGGACCCUCAGCCCAACUGGGGCCCCAUCAAAACUCCAGAAGAAAACUGCCCCUUCCCCAGCUAUGUGAACCAGAGGAAGGAAGACAAGCUGAUGGAGGAACCCCAGAAUACUUAUUUCCCCUUCUCCUACUUCCCCCUCACAGAAGAGGCUUACUUAUAAGAGAGAGGGGAAAUUCCACCACCUUCAAGACCAAAAAAAAAAAAAAAAAAAAAAAAAAAACCCUCAAAAAAACCCCAAAACCAAAUGUUUGAAAUAUUUAGAGCAGAACAGAUCCUGAGAGAUCAGCAAUCAGCAGGCUCAACAACCUUCCUGUCCCUUUCUAUUUUUCAUCUGUUUUUGAGGGGACAUGGGGAAAGUUUUGAUCACUAAAUUUUAAUUACAUUAGUAAUGCCAAAUAUGUUCUCACAUUUAAAAAAUUAUUUGCCUAAUCAGCAAAUAUGUGGUGGACACUGGCUGUGUUCCAGGGCACCUACACAGGUAUGAACCAGGUCAGUCCACCAAGACCACUGGCCCCACGAAGCUGACCUCCCAGUUUGGGGAGACAGGGAAAAAAAAAAAAACAACAGAACAAAUAAAUAACAACAGACAUCAACAAGUGUCACAGGGAAAAUAAAACAGGACAUGAUAAUAAAAUGUUGAGGGGAGGUACUUUGGGUUUUUGUUUUUAUUUUUAAAAAUUUGUUCUAAUUGGUUAGACAAGACAGAAUGCAUUUUCAUACAUUGUACACAAAUGGAGCAUAACUUCUCUUUCCUUUGGCUGUACAUGGUGCUGAGUGUCACCAGUAGUGUAAUCAUACAUGUAGGGUAAUAAUGUCCAUCUCAAUCCACCAUCCUUCCCAUUCCCACCGCCCCACCCCUCUUCUCACUCCCCUCCGCAUAAUGCAAAGUUCCUUCAUUCCUU